CUCAUCAGAUGCUUUCACAUCAACCAAUGGGGCUUCGAGUGACCUGUUGGGCAAGGUUGGCCCCGCCUUCCGUGUCUUUGAGAGACGAAGCCGCCUCGAAGUGGAACCAGAGGCGCGUUCGAAGUCGUUCCUUCAGCACCGCAAGAUCCUUGUCAGAUCCUUAGCUGCUCUUCUGAGCCGAGCUGCUCUGAAAGACGCCAUGGGAACCGGUCAUGUGCAGAGUUUGCUCUUCCUCCUCCUCCUCCUUCGGGGCCCCCUCCUUGGCCUCCGAACCUGAUUUCUACUGUCACAAGGGCAUAUCGAUGAGCAUAGUAAAGGACCCAAAGAGAAUGUUUAAUUGGACCACCGACAAAGUUGAGACUUGUGACAGUGGGUCAUUCUGCCAGGAAUCCCUUCUGAUGAUUAAAUCAGGGGCCAAGACAGCCAUUUUGGCCACUAAGGGCUGCAUCUCGGAGGGGACACAGGCGAUAACAUACAUCCAGCACUCCCCACCGCCAGGCAUCAUCACAGUCUCCUACAGCAGCUACUGUGAGGAGUCCUUAUGCAAUAGCAAGGAGAACUUACUGCAACUGUGGAGGGAGGAAGAGCCCCAAGCUGCCAGCACGUCAGCACACCUCUACUGCCCAACCUGUGUGGCUCUGGGGGCCUGUUCAAAUGCUCCUUCUCUUCCCUGUCCCAAUGAUACAGUUCAGUGCUAUCAAGGAAGACUUCAGAUCACUGGAGGAGGCAUCAACUCACUUUUGGAGGUCAAAGGCUGCACUUCUAUAACUGGUUGCAGGCUGAUGUCCGGGAUCUUUACAGUAGGGCCCAUAUGGGUGGAGGAAGUCUGUCCAUACCGGUCUGUACUUCAACCCCGAAAGAUUGAAAACCGGGCUGCCUGGCUUCCUGUUUACAUUUGGAGAUUAGAGCUAGCGCUGCUGCUAUUACUACAGUGACUUGUCCAUUGUUCCUGGAACGUGAAGGCGCUUCUGGUCCUGGACCACAGGAUGCCUCUUCCAACUGGGAGCCUUUCUGACUGCUGGUCAUAAACAAGUUGAGGAGCAAAGUGGAGAGCUGAAGAACAGAGAAUUCUUGUGGAUGUAUUCUUAAAUUUUUAUUAAAGUUUCUACUGUGUUUGGUGUAUAA